UUGGUGAGAAUCACUUUGUCAGUUCUGCGCGGAUUGUUUACCUGAACAAACGUAAACACGGAGCACUAGGAAAUAGUAAUUGGAAAAAAACCGAUACUAUUAUGUCAAUCGAAAUGUGCGCGAAAGUGAUUUUUUAAUAUUCCAAACAGUCGUGUAAAUAUUGCCUGAGUUUAUUAAGUGGAUAUUACCAAUGGGGAACUGUAAAUCAAAAAAGGAGAAAACAAAGGAACCAUCUUCGUUUUUUGAAUAUGAAAAACGCCGGAUAGAUAAUAAAAGAGUCAACAAGGUAGAUAUUUCGGACAGAAGAGAUGGCGAGCACAAGCAGCCGCUGCCGCCACACUUGCAGGCGGCGCCGCCGGCCGCGGCUGGCCCGGCUCCGGCACCGGCGCUCCAUCUGCGCUCUUAUGAUGAAGAGGCUCUGGACCGAAUGCGCGAGGAGCUGCGUACUAAAAGCGACGUGUUUCUUUUGAACAACAUCCUUCUUUCAAUACAGUUUUUUGAAAACUAUGAAAGGGAAAUGCAUCAAAUCAAGAAUAACCCCAUAAGUGAACGUGAACAGAUGAUCAACGAAGCGAUGGUGCGACAAAAUAAACAUGUGUUUUUCGCUGACCGAUUGCAAGAGUGCGUUCACGAACACGUUACAUAUACACGCAAAGGCAAACAGCAGCCUUUACAAGCUCCUAGACUUUUUGUUAUAUAUGACAACGUAGAAGCCAGUGAGCCAGGGGACACUUCCGAUUACAGCGCAGUUCUUGAUGCACCUUUCUACAAGUUACGAAUUGAGGAUGGAAUGGACCCAGGAUAUAUUAAAUUGAAGAAAUUAGAAGUUCUCGAGAGUACUCUACCCAAAGAAAAUGAUGUUAUUAAUAUUAAUAAAGAAGAAUCGGAUGAUAGCAUUUAUACCGAUUCUGCAAAAGAAUCCAAUUAUUCCGAUGAAUUUCCAUAUAGUGCUAGUAAAGGCGAGGAUUUAUUAAAAGAAAUUAGACCUAAAAUGGAGAACACAGAGAUGCCCUUGUCUACUAAACUUAAAAUAACAAACAUCAAAAAUCACACUAGAGGUGAAGGUAGGAGAUACAGUGGGCCGAUAAAGCAGUACAGCGUUCAAGUAACAAAGAGUAAUAUUUCUAACAUUCGACACCGAACUAUAGAAGAUUCUGUACCCGAAGAAGACGAUACGUACGAUACAAAUAAAAACUUUGCAAUAGAUGACAGCUAUAAAGUUUCAAUAUCUGCCCAAAAGACAAGCUUAAUAAAUCAGAGAAGGUUGAGUGGGCCAACUAUGAACAUAAAAAGACGCCCAAAAUCCGAAAUACGUUCAACUGUUUCAGAAGGCAAUCUUACCGAUAAUACAGAAACUUCGGGUUACAGGUCAACCACUAGUAGCAGGCAAACUGAAUUUAGUGAAAACGAAUCAGAUUAUGGUUAUGCUACCAUAACUGAGGCAGCAACGCCUAGAACAGUAGAACUCAGUUUGAGAUCUCAGCAGUCGCUUACGUCAGGAGCAUUACCAGAUGAAGCUUGGACACCCGUGGAUAUUAAAAUUUUGGGCGAUGAUGAUGAUGAUGAUGAAGAUGACGACAAUAAUGUCAAAGCAAUCCAGCCCACUAAUUUAUUCGAAAGAUUGUAUUACCUCAACUCUUUGGGAUUUAUGAAUAAUUUUGUUGAUGAUUUUAUCAUUAAUCUGGGAUCUGGAUUAGGGUUGACUACGAGUGAAAUCAAGUCUGCGUUAACACAAGGUGCUAGUAUUUAUUGUGAUACUAUUAGAAAUGGCACACGAUUUGGUUAUGAAAUAUUUCCUGCCCUUUUUGCUGCCUGGCCGAAUGCAGCUAAUCCGUGGAUUAUACGAGAGAGGAAAAUCAUUUUCAAUCCGAGAAAUAAUAACAGGUACCAAUGGCCUGACAAAGAGAAGGUGACCAAAGCUAUAGGAUUUGGAUGUUUAUUGGUACCAAUAGGGCAUAGAAUUAAAAGAGGUCAAAAUCCUAUUCAACCUUUGCAAUGGAAAUUAAUAUUUCCUGCAGUAGAACGCUACCUAGAAAGUUGUCUAGCGCAUUCUCAUAUCCGUUGCUAUUUAUUUACUUUGGCGUUGCACAAGGCUUUUAUCGAAAACGAAACUGCUAAAAUUGGAUUAGAUGCAAGUCAUAUUAAGAAUCACCUGUUUUGGAAAUGUGAAAACAAUUAUGCACGGUGGCCAGAAGAUCGACUUGGUGAAGUUUUGUUGGAAUUCCUAAAAGAUUUAUACGGGAAUUUAUCAAAAUCAAGAAUGCCAAAUUAUUUUAUUGACACCUGUAAUGAAAUUGCAAGUAUACCGUAUCCCUUGUUACGUGAACAACAAAACAGUUUAGCAAGGAUUAUCGAGUCUCCUGUGGUAUAUAUGCUACAGGCACUAAAAAAAAUAAAAUACACUAAGAGAGAAUUUUACCCUAAAUUUCAAUGUCAAAGACUCUUUCAAAUAUUAACUUGUAGGGAUCCUUUGCGUCUGAUUAAUCCAAACAUACCUAAAGUUGUUCCCGCUCCCGCUAAGUAUGAAGACAGUUCAGAGAGCGAGACUGAAUCUGGAUUUUGGGAAGCAGCUAAAGCUAAUGACAGAGAUUAUAAAUGGCUUAAAGCGGUACAUAAAAAGACUGAAGAAAAGAAAAAACCCAAGGAGACAAACAAAAAAUCAAAAGACGCAUGGAAACAGUGUACAGUACCUAGCAAAUUGGAUCCGAUUCGACGACGUCUGGUUCUCGAAUUCUUCAUUCCUCACUUUAUCGCAAUGGCACGAUCCAGUGAAAAAUUCGAAGCAAUUAGGCAGGCGCUAAUAUAUUUGGAACAUGCUCAACGACUCUGCAUAUUGCUAUCGGAAGAACCGGGUAGUGAUACGACAGCCAAAGAAUAUAAAAAAGUCAUUCGAGAAAAAUUGGUUGACUGUCAAAGAAAACUGGUACAGCAAAGCUUUUUAUCUCCGAGGUCUGAUAUUAAACGUAGUCAUAAAUCACAACGAUACCGUAAACAGCGACCAAAGUUUGAAACCAUCGCGGAUUCUCCUGCUGACAGUCCUGGUAUACCAGCAUUUACUUUUGUCGACGUACACGUUGAAAAUUCAACGUACGAUCACAUGAAACUAAAUGAAUUUACGAAUGGCGAGGAAUCUAAGUUAUAAACAUACUUUUAAAGAAAUAACAUUAGGACCAUCUAUGAUGUAUUUUUUGUAACCAUCAAUACUAUCUCGGAUUCUUUUUUUCUAAAAAAAGUCAAAAGAGAAGAAUAAAUAAAUUUUAAAUAAGAUGUCUAAGGAUUGAUGGAAAAGAUUUAAUUUGUUAUAUGACUCCCAGAAUUAGCUAUUAUUACUUAAUUAAUUGAUAUGUAUAUGGAAUACGUGUGAUAUAAGCACCUCUGUCUGCCCAUUUGAGGAAUAAAAGGUGUUACGUUGUCUUGUUAAUAAAUGGAAUCUCGUGUUUACUGUUUGUGUCGUUGUUGGUUGUAAUAAUUUAAUAAUUGUAAGUAAGAAAAAUAAUGUGGAUAUGAUAUGCCAGUUUUACUCAAUACUUUUAUUAUUCAAUGUAUAAUAUUUUUUGUUUAGAUAAAGAUUUGUAACGUAAGAAAAAUAAAGUAUCUGAUUAUCACUUAAA